AUGGCUCAUUCUGACAUCAAUUGGGUUCAAACUUUGCCUCUGGUACUUCUUGGUAUUCGUUCUGCUUUUAAAAAAGAUAUCAAGGCUACUUCAGCAGACAUGGAGCUCUCCAAAUGCAGUCAUGCCUUUUUGAAACAAGGACCUUUUCUAAAGGCACUCCAACCACCAUACACUGGCCCAUACGAAAUCAUGGAUCGAAACACAAAAACGAUUACACUCAAGAUCUGUAACAAACCUACCAAAGUCUCUAUUGACCGAGUGAAACCCGCAUCCAUUUUGCAAGAUGAUGUCACACCUGUUCCUGUUUCUGUUCCUGAUGCUGUACCUACAGAACCAAUUCCUGUUCCUGUUUCUAUUCCUGAUUCUGUACCUACAGAACCAAUACCAGUUCCUGUUCUUGAUGUUAUGCCUACAGAGCCCACGCAAAUUCCCGAACGCACUACGCGAUUUGGCAGAAGAGUCAAAUUUCGAGACAUUUUAAAUUUGUAG